AUGUUUUCGUGGAAACAAACCAAGAGGAUAAGAAAAAUUCCAUCUAUUCUAAAAUAUAUCCGUUAUUUUCUUAGCGAAAGUAACAUUCAUGGUCUUAAUCAUCUUGCAGAACCUAGGAGAAAUAUUUUAGAAUACAUUAUAUGGACCACAUCAAUUAUUUUGUCGAUUUAUGGCGCGAUAUUAUUAAGUAGAAAAACGUUAUUGAGGUAUCAAGAAAAUCCAACAGUGAUUUCGAUGGAGCGAAAUCGAUUUGCAUGGAACACUUCAUUUCCAUGCGUAACUAUUUGUCCCACAACUAAAAUUAGCGAAGGAGCACUUGAAGAAUAUUUACACAAAUCAAAUGCUACAGAUAAAGUUAAAUUAAAAGCAUUUAUUCUUUCUUUAGCAUCAGCAACUUACACAAAUUUUGAUAGCGUUGUUCCAUACGAUGGAAUUGAGAGUAAAGAUUACAUGGAUUUAUUAUUUAAAUUGAAAUUUGAAUUUAAACCUUCAAUAACUGGUUCUGUUGUACACGCCCAACAUAUGGCUUUACAACAAACAGUUUUGGAGCUAGGAAUUUGUUAUAGUUUUAAUUCACAAUUAGCUUAUUAUAAUUCGGAAAUGUAUUGGAAGGAAAAUAAGGACGGUUUAGUUGAACAACAUUCACCGUUUUAUGUUAAUCCUUUGGAUGGGGAGGUUUUCACUAACAUCGUUAAUAUGUCGACGGGAUAUUCAAUUUUUAUCCAUGGUCCUUACGAAACCGCCGAUAUAUCAAGCAAAAAUAUAACCGUAACAAACGGAUUCUUUUUACAAAUAUUUCUUACCGGAUUAUCUUUGUAUAGUUCCGAAAGAAUUAGAGGAUUAUCAGUGACCCAACGAAAAUGUCGCUUUUAUGAUGAAUCCAAUCUACUAAGAUCCCCCGUUUACUCCAUGGCGCUUUGUAGAAUGGAAUGUAGAGCAAUGUUAUCUCAAAAAUUAUGCGGAUGUAUCCCACAUUUUUAUCGGAAAAUCAAUGGGGAUAAAGUUUGCGACGUUCAAGGCUUGCAUUGUCUUGCAAAACAUAAAGAGCGGUUUAUUUCGAUGAAAAAGGAAUGUUUAUGUUACCAAAAUUGCGAAGAAUCAAAUUACGUCGUUGAAGAUACUGAUUUAAAACAGUGGUUCUUAGGUUCAAGUUUAUUAUGGGGGUUGAAAGAAUAUCCAACAAUGAGGUUAAAACGUGAUGUUAUUUUUGGAUUUUCAGAUUUGUUAGUUUACAUCGGCGGAAUGAUUGGUUUAUUUUUAGGAUGUAGCGUAUUGAGUUUAAUCGAAAUUGUUUACUUCUUCACAUUACGUCUGUUUUGGUAUUGGAAGAAACGGAACGAUUAAAUCCGCGUAUUUAUUUAUAACAUUUUAAACAUCCACGUUAUAUCUUGCAGAAAACUAAAUUGUUCAAAUAGAAGCCGUGUCGGUUAUCAAAAUAACAACUGUAAUAUUUCAAAAAUAGGGUUAGUACCAUUGACACACUAUAAAAAG